AUGGGUCGCAAACCGAACCAGCUGAUCCUCGAGUUCUUCAUUCGAGGCCAGAAACUCGAGGAUGCCAGUAACCGUUACCAGCACACAUGCAAGGCCUGCGGGGAGAAAUUUCCCAAAGGCCGCAUCGACAGUUUAACCAACCACCUCGUCAAGAAGUGUCAAGCCAUCCCGCUGCGAGACCGUCAACGCGUCCUGUUGCGCCUCCACGAACUUCCCGACCUCGCCGACGGUGAUCAGAACAAAGACCCGAAUGUCGCGGGCCAAAACAAAGGAAAAGGCUCGGAUCUACCUUUCACCACCCGUCAGAAUUUCGAUGGUCUGAAUGUCCUAGCUGAGGCCUCAAGGCAGGUGGGCGCGUCCGACCAGACUAAACGGGGCGGGCCUGCGUAUACUCAAUCGGUUACUGUCGGUGGUAAGACGGUCGUUGUCGACCCUGCGCUUGAAGCCGAGGGCUUUCAGGGCCAUCCGCAGGCCGAGCACGUCGAGGAAGACGUGAAGCCGCCUGGAACUCCCCAAGGCUCUAACGCAACACUUCCAUCCCUCCCCAAUGCUUCGCAAGAUCACCCUCAAUCCGCGUCUCCUCCGCUGGCGGAAGCUUCGCUGACGCCUGACCCCACCUCCAAUGCUCGCCAGUCGCAACUUUCCAUGAUAGCCGCCUCCGCUAGCGAGAUGGUGCCACAGGGAAUGCCGUUGGAUCAUGACAUCGUCGAUGGCUUGCCGAAGGUGGGCUCAUGGAACCAACAGCUCUCCACUCAGGAACAGCUCCUAUUUGAUAGUCUCCAUGAACAUGACCCUACUCUUACUGCUGCGACGCAGCGGGCUGCUGCUUUCCCACGACCUAUCGCGAUGAAUCCUAACUCACAGGCGAAGGGAUUCGUAAAUGAAUUCGGUAACUCGACUAAACCGACGAAGCCGAAGGUACGCGGGCGGUUUUCUGCGGCUAGACGUAGGGAGGUUCAGGAAGUCAGAAAGCGCGGCGCGUGUAUCCGUUGCCGCAUGCUCAAGAAACCUUGCUCCGGUGAUAGUCCUUGCACCACCUGUGCCAGUGUAGAAAGCGCGCGGUUGUGGAAGCAUCCAUGUAUUCGGACGCGGAUCGCGGAAGAGUUUGACUUAUAUAAUGCAAACUUGCACGCCACCCUGGCAUAUCACGACGUAAGCGGUAUCCGAAACCAGGUCAAGUUUGAACAUUAUGCCGGCCGUAUUGAGAUUACCCACUUUGAAGAGAGCAUGGUGUAUGUCACCUUCAGUGCGCUCCAAGGCCACAAGCCAUCUACGUCGACGCUUGACCCCCAACUUCAAGGGCUUGGAGACGACUCGCAAUUCCAAGGACCCCUUCACGAACUUUUCUUGCUUGACAACGAUGCAGACGAUGUGCCUGGAAAGCUUGAGAUGUACAUCAAAAAGACUGCACCCUUCUUCUACGAGAGAGAAGCUUCUGAGGUUAUGAGGCCCACGCUGCUGCUUGCCUCAGAAUUGAGUCAGCAGAAGAAGGAUAUUCUACUGGAGCGGGUGCUAGAGCUCUGGGUUGCUACUCACAUUCUCGUCGACUCAGAUUUGCGUUGGAGAACAUUCUACAACCCGACCCUUCCUCCUACUUCGAUGCACGCUCUCGCGCAGCCAUCGGAUGAUGGACGCAUGCCGAUCGACGAGGUCACCAACGCUGAGUCUUAUGCACUCUUGUGCAGCCAAUUACGCGCAGCAACCGAGAAGCGUGCUUCGCAACUGAGCAAGUCGGUAAUGAACGACCUCGAACGGCGCCUGCUUCAGCGUCAGCAGAGUGGCUGGUUUGAGACUUUCUUGGUUGCCCUCAUCCUCUUGAACUGUGUGGAGAGAACCUGCUGGCUGUUCCGCUCUUGGGAAGACGAGGCGUUUGCACAGCGCUGGCCUCUGGACAAACGUCCUCCCUACUACGCAACCCAGGGCGAUCGCUUCUCUGAUAUUCUGCAUAUGCUGCUGAAGAUGCGCAGUCUGCCGCCCAAGGCAACCCCACGCCCUGACAAUGGUAUCUUGAAGGCGGUGGACGGUAGCGACAUGAACGCGGCUCGCUGGUUUGAUAUGAUUAAAGUUUCCCCUCUGUACCUUGAACAACGACAGGCCGCUGUCUUCGAUCCCAACGACUCUCGCUCCCUUGAUCUCCGCUACGGAGCAAAACUGUUGCCACCAACAAACGUUUACACAUGA